GGUGUCACGCUGUUUUUAUGCUGUGUGUCCACAAUGAGCGCAAUUGGCGAUAGGAAAGUGGUGAUCAAUAAGCGGUUGAAAGGAUUGCCGCGCCAGGCCUUGGAGCAAUUGAGCAAAGCAGACCUAAUCGAUAAAAUAAUUCAGUUGGAGGCGUAUAACUUUCAACUACGCAACCUACUACAAAAGAAACUGAACUCCAAUGAUAAAGACGAUGAUGAGUACAAGACGUUUUUGCAACAAAAAAAUGAGCCGUCGGAAGCACUGCUGAAGCAAUACGGUGAGCAACAACAGCAUAAAAACAAGAGGGACACGCAACGCAAAUUUAAUUGGGCAAGCGCACACAAACGUCACGUACUGUUGAAAUUGUUAUACUUUGGCUGGGACUAUCAAGGAUUCGCCUGCCAGGAGGACUCGAAUGAUACUAUCGAGUCCCACUUGUUUCGGGCGCUUACUCGCACCUGUUUAAUCGAGUCUCGCGCUAGCUCCAAUUAUCAUCGCUGCGGACGCACCGACAAGGAGGUGAGCGCUUUCUGUCAAGUGAUCUCCAUAGAUUUGCGCAGCAAACACAACGCAGUAGAUCAACACGAUCCGUCGGCUCUGGCAUCGGAAAUCGAUUAUUGCGGUCUAUUGAAUCGGGUGUUGCCGAAGAACAUACAGUGCAUUGCUUGGAUGCCGCUUCGUAGUUCAGUCUACAGUGCACGUUUCGAUUGCGUGGCCAGGACUUAUCGCUACUACUUUCCCCAAGGUGACUUGGACAUUGCAGCGAUGCGGGCGGCUUGUCGGCUUCUAGUACAGCACGCAGACUUCCGAAACUUUUGCAAGAUGGAUGUCCACAAUGGUGUCACCAAUUACAUGCGGAAUCUUCAGGCGGCGUGUGUGGAGUCAUGUGACAAGACUGGGAUCGAUUCGGAAUCGGGAUAUGCUAUGUACUACCUAGAGAUUAAAGCAAAUGCGUUUCUGUGGCAUCAAAUACGCUGCAUCAUGGCUGUUCUUCUGCUCGUAGGACAGAAGCGCGAGCAGCCAAGCGUCAUAAGUGAAUUGCUGGAUGUGGCCACCAACCCGUGCAAGCCCCAAUACACACCUGCCAUUGGAUUGCCCUUGAACCUAUUUCAUUGUGACUUCAGUGCGCACACCACACGCCUUGCAAAUUAUCCACAUUCUGAAGCUACCGAAGAUGUCGUAGUUGAGGGCGGUAGCGAGAAUGCAAAACCAUCCAGUGAACCUGACAUUACAAAGUGGGUUUACAACGAAGAAAAUAUGCAAAAAUUAAUAGAGAAUGUACAGUGCGAGUGGACACAGUUUAGUGUAAAGUGCACCAUGAUUCGCAAUGUGCUGGAGCAAUUGGAAGCACUGCAGACUAGUGCUUUCAAACCGCAGCAGGUGCGCGCACAGGUGCUGCUGCUUCAGGAUACGAUCAAGCCACGGCAAUACCAACCUCUUUUGCAGCGCAAGCGUUGUGAGAGCCUGGAGAACCGCAUUGAACAUUUUGUCAAGAAGCAAAGACUGAUUUUAAAGGAUGAUGUGGAGUGAAGCGUUUGAUAAGUUUGAUGUUGUUUUUAAACAUUUUUAUUUCAAUUAAUGUAAUUAACUCACAAAAAGCCUAACAUAGUGAAUAAUUUAAAAUAGUAAUGCAUUAUAACUAAUAUAUAGGUAAAUAUACA